AUUAUUUGACUUGUGUGAUGAAAGAAGUCCAAAUACCGCAAAUUUACAGUUAAAUUAUUAAUAAAAAAUACAAUGAUGAGUGUAAAUAAGUCUGAAGAAGAGAGCCCUGUGCCUGUUAGCCUAGAUGUAGCUGAAAGUCCUCGGAAAAAGAUGCGUUUGGAUAGUUCGGGCCGAAAAAGUUGGAGUUUAAUGGACCGGAAGACCGAUCAUGAGGUACUGCAAGAGAUGGGAGUCAGUUUAUUAGAACCAGAUGACAAUGAUAUCUCAUGUGAUCCGGAUGUUUCUGGAAUGGCCCACAAACAGCUAAAACGCAAGAGAGACAUAGAGAAUGUGAACCCUAACAUUACUAUAGUAACUUCUCCGAGAUCUAAGUUCAGCCCUAAGAGUCCAAGGAAGGCUCAUCCUGAUGCCGGACCUUCCAGGGUUAAGAGUCCUAGGAGUUCAGAGAAACAAACACCACUACAACCCACAGACCAACAGAGCUUAGAAACGUCCCUACUAGACCCGUACGUGACAGACUCGGAGACUCCCCUGGCGCAGCAUGUCGCCAGCCAUGGCAGCCACAGGAGCACAGGAACAGAGGCCAAGGGCGUAUGUUUCCACGCGCUCUCCGAUGAAGUCAUACUUGGAGUGUUUAGGUGGCUGCCCAAAAGGACGUUGGCGCAUUGUAUGCUGGUUUGUAAGAGGUGGAACAGAAUAGCAUGUGAUGAAACUCUCUGGCAGCGACUGGAGUUAGGCAACAAGACGCUCGCGAGAGACGCCGUCGGCAGAAUACUAGCUAGGAAACCUAUUAUUGUCAGACUCGCUAGUUCUGAGAUAGGAGAAUGGCAUCCCGCAACCCUCCCACCAGCAUCUCGCAUACAAUACCUAGACCUCAGCAUGUCCACCAUCGACGUGACCACGUUAGACAACUUGUUACAAACCUGUCGCAACUUGAAGAAGCUCAGCUUAGAGAGCGUACUGCUGCACCGCCACACCUGCACACUCAUUGGUAAAUGCAGUAAUUUAGAAACGUUAAACUUGACGAUGGCGCAAGGCAUUACCGCAGGAGGACUACAGGCUAUAUUAGAAGGAUGCACUAGCUUAUUAUCACUGAACAUAUCAUGGUGCAAUCUAUCAGAAGAAGCGUUAGAAGUGUUCGUAGCUACAUGUCCGCAGCGACUGCAGAGGCUCAACAUAGGCGGGGCUAGGAUAAUGACGGAUGAGAUAAUAGAGCGUCUAGUAGUCCGCUGUCCCCGUCUGCUAGAGUUAGACAUAUCAGACUGCGGGCGUCUGACGUCGAGUUCUGCACUAUCGCUGGUGGCGCUACAGAGACUAGAACAUUUAGCGCUCAGCAGAUGUUACUUGUUACCGGCUACUGCUUUAACACAACUCGGCAGCAUGCCAUCUCUACAGUACGUGGACGUAUGGGGCAUGCUACACACACAUGCGCUCAAUGCACUACGAGCAGCACUACCUCACGUGCAGAUUAAUACGUUUAAGUUCAGCGCCAUCGCCCGUCCGACAGUGGGUACAAGACGCACUUCUAUAUGGGGACUGAGAACUAGAGACUGAUAUAUAAUCUAAAAAACUAUAGAAUUCUAUGUAAUAACUACCCAUAGUUUUGUCAAAAUAUAUUUAAAAAACGUAGCUGUUA